AUGGCUUUUAAUGAUAUUCAACAUAUCGAACUGGUAAAUGUAACAUGGUGUCUACAAGUUCGUAAUGAAAAUAGACAACAUGAUCCUAACAAACAUCGUUCUGUUUCGAGAAAACAAUCUUAUCUUGAAAGACUACCUAAUCAAAUUAUACCAUUGGAAUAUACAUUACAAAUAAUUCCAUUAUUGACAGAGAACAAUUUUAAAAUCAUCGGCGAAGUCGAGAUUCAACUUUACUGUAAACAAUCAACGAAACACAUACGUCUCCAUUCUCACAAAUUAAAUAUACAAAACGUCAGCAUCAUCAGUUACGUUAGUUCCAAAAACAACAAAACUUACAUCGUUGAAAAUUACGUAUCCAUUAGGGACGAUGAUUUUCUCGAUAUUUUUCUAUUACAAUUUUUGACGAAGGAUAAUAUAUAUCUUAUGAAAAUAAAAUACAAUGGUAAUUUGAACGAAAAACCUGUCGGUUUGUUUCGUAGCAAAUACAAAGAUGAAAUCACCAAUGUUACCAGAUGGAUAGCAGUAUCGAAUUUUUCACCUGAUUUUGCUCGAAGAGCUUUCCCAUGCUUUGAUGAGCCUUCGAUGAAGGCUCCUUUUCGAAUCUCGAUUGGUCGAAAGGUCGACAUGCGGACUCACUCUAAUUCAAUUCGAAUUGCUACAGAGAAAAUUAACGAUAUACCAAAUCACGUAUGGGAUCAUUACAAGAAAACACCACCAAUGUCAACGUAUCUGACCGCUUUCAUGGUGACUGACUUUCAAAGUUAUCAAAUUAAUGUUACCGAACGGCCAUUUCAUAAUGUGUUCGCAAGAAAAUACGUGCAAAAUGAUACCAUGUAUAUCGGAAAUUUAAUACCACAGAUAGUCAGGCUCAUGCAAAAUUUAACGGGAUUCCAUUACGACUUGGACAAGCUCGACAUGAUAGCGGUACCAAGUUUGGCGUAUUCGGCGAUGGAAAAUUGGGGUCUCAUUACGUUUCGGGAGAGUAGUAUGCUUCUGCGUAAUAAUAAAAAUCAACAUAUCGAUAAGAAGAAGAUAUUUGCUAUGAUCGCAUCUCACGAGGUGGCCCAUCAAUGGUUCGGUAAUUUGGUAACACCGAAAUGGUGGUCUGAAGUAUGGUUAAAAGAAGGUUUUUCAUCUUUCUUUGGUAUCAAGGCAUUAAGUAUGAUCGAAUCGUCUUUGAGUGUACAAGAUAUUAUGGCUAUGGAAUAUCGUGAAAUGUUUAAAAAAGAAGAAAAAGAUAAUGCACAUCCGUUGUAUCUCAAUUUAAAUAUUACGGGGAAAAAACUUAGUGAUAUAUUCGAUGCUACCCCAUACGUUAAAGGCAAUUGCCUGGUCAAUAUGAUAUUUCAUUUUCUCGGCGAAACAAUAUUUUAUUCUUCGAUUAAAAAAUAUAUUCAUACGUAUUAUUAUCGUGUCGCCGAUCAAAACGAUCUAUGGGAUAUAUUUCAAGAAGAAAUCGAAUUGUCCAAAUUAUUUCAUAAUUUUUCUAUUCAAAAUAUUAUGAAAGGUUGGACAAAUCAUGCUGGAUUUCCUGUUGUUCAUGUUAACAGAAAUAACGAUACCGGUCUUGUCGAACUUAUGCAGGAGAGAUUUUAUAGGCAAGAUUUAAACGUUCAUGGUACGAGCGAGGAAUUAUGGUGUAUACCUUUAACGUGGACAAUCGAAAGUGAUCAGCGAUUCGAUGGGACGUUGCCUAAGGCAUGGAUGCAUGAAAGACGCAUGGUGAUUAAUGAUACUGGCUUGAGUGAAGCAAUUUUCAAUAAUCAAUGGAUUCUCUUUAAUAUCAACCAAACAGGAUUGUAUCGAGUAAAUUACGACGAAGAAAAUUGGAAAUUUCUAAUAAAUCGAUUCGAUCUUUUACCGGAUACGACAAAACAUCAGAUACUUAGUGACGCGUUUGCUAUGUUCAACAAAGGAUUACUCGAUCAAACUUUGAUCUGGAAAUUUCUUCUUAAAUUGAACGUUAAUACAGAUACAAAUGUAUGGUUGUUGGUGAAGGAUGCCUUAGGGUAUAUCGAAUAUCGUCUUUGGGAUUCUCACGUUUUUAUGUUCAUGACGUGCAAAUUAAUCGACGAAGUUUAUCAAUCGAAAGUACAAAAUUUGUUCGAGACCGAUAUGGAAACGUGGAAUACUUUUCAAAUCGAAUUAACAAAAUGGGCAUGCUGGAUCGGUCACAAAAGUUGUUUAAAAUAUCUUUACAAUUUUGUGGAUAAAAUAUUAUUAAACGAUACCACCAUUACCGAAAGCGAACAAGAUCUUUCGUCGGAAUUUCUAGUUUGGGUUUAUUGCACGUAUGCUAAAUUUUCUUCGACGGAACAAUGGUUCAAGUUAUUGGCUAAAUAUCACGAACCAAAGGAAAACGAUAAAUUUAGCCUGGCAUAUGCUCUUGGUUGUACUCCAAAUUCAACAUUGAUCGAAUGGUAUUUAUCAUCAUUUUCAACGGAACAUAUUGAAGUAACGCUUAUGGCUGUUGCGAGUAAUCCAAAUGCAUUUGAUUUAGCGAUGGAAUUUAUGGAACGAGUAGAAAAAUUCGAUGAAAUGAAUGACAUCAUCACAAAUUAUCCAUUUUAUGGUUUCUCGAUAACCAUGGACCAAGAGGAGAACAUUAAAUGGCUAACACGUUUCAAAGGUUCUCGUGGCAAUAAGUACGAUACACUAAUCGAGAUGAUAAUUAAUGACGUCAAGUUCAACGUCGCAUGGAACCGGAGGCACAAGAACGUGACGAAUGAACUACUGAGGAUCAUCUCGAACGGAAUUAAAGAAAGCAAGGAUUGUACGAGAAGAUUUGACGAAGAAAUAUUAUGA